UGGGACCUCUCUCAACAAGUAACCGCUAGAUCCGAUCCCUUUCUCUCGAGUAGUUCAAUUGCAAGACUUUGUCUGUGCCACUGACACCAGCUCUCACUGAGUGAACAAGACAAGACAAGACAGACCAAUGACGGACAUCGAGUCAGGCGGCAAGGUGCGCGAGCGCACGGCGUCCGAGUCCACCGACAAAGGCCUCGCACACGGCCACCAGAAGCUCUCCGUCACGGCCGUUGUGGCGCUCGUCGCCAUUGCCGCUGUGGCCGUUGCUGCACUGAUCGUGGGCAGCGUUGCCCUUCAUAAUGAUCUCGUGCAGAGGGCCAAGGAGACCGCUACCGAUGGCGUGGUGAGCUGAGACCGCUACCGAAUGGCAGAUCCAAUGAGUCCGGGAGCGGUCGUGUGUGUCGAUGACUGUCUGUCUGUGUCGGUGUCUGUGGUGCAGAUGGUGCACAUGACGGUCGGAGCGGACGAGCAGCAUCGGGUCCUGAUGGCUUUGAGCAUGGCCAAUCGCAUGGUACGCCAUCAGCGGCCGCCUGGGUGCCUGCGUGUCUGCGUGUGGGCGGCACAGUCUGUGUGUGUGUGUGUGUGUUUUAACAUCUCUGCAGGUCGACAUGGGCAAGGACGUCAUUGUGUUCUGCGAUGUCGACUGCCCGCCGCUUAUGGCCAAGGACAGCGAGAACUUCAUGCUGGAGGCGUUCAAGGCCAACACGACCAAGGAUGGUCUCAUUGACACGCUGGUGGCCAGGGGGGUGCCCAUCCACGUGUGCCCCGGCUGCCUCGCCAAACACGGCCUCUCAAUGGAGGACGUCAGGGACGGUGUCGACGAGGUGACCAGCCACACACACACGCACACACACACGAGAGGGAGGGAGGGAGGGAGGGACACAGGAGUGCAUCCAUCACACAUCUGUGUGUGUGUGUGUGUGUGUCCAGGUCGACGCCAAUGAGUUCUUCGCCUUCACACAGGGGCGAAUGCUUCACUUCGACUACUAAUUGCACAGCCUUUUUGGUGCAGCACCCUCUCUCUCCACCGUUUCUAGUGGGCUCUUUUUGGUACAUCAAGGUCUGUGUGUGUGUGUGUGUGUGAGUAUGGGGGCGU